GCGCGUGCGCGCGCGCCCGGGCCCCAGCGCGCAGCCCUCCGGUACGUCCGCCCUCUACCGGGGUGGGAAGGAGGACCCGCCCCUUCGCUUCCCGGGCGGGCUGGCGAGCGGGCGGCGCGGAGAGGCGGGGCCGCAGCGGCUGGCAGUGUCUGAGCCUCGGCGGCCUCGGAGCUGGCAGACGCUCGGGGGAACAUGGCGGCGACGGAGGCGGCGGUCCCAGCGCUCCCCAACAGCGGCGGCGUGGGCGCGGGGGCGCCGUCGGGCACGGUCCCCGUGCUCUUCUGCUUCUCGGUCUUUGCGCGACCCUCGUCCGUGCCACACGGCGCGGGCUACGAGCUGCUCAUCCAGAAGUUCCUCAGCCUCUACGGCGACCAGCUGGACAUGCACCGCAAAUUCGUGGUGCAGCUCUUCGCGGAGGAGUGGGGCCAGUACGUGGACCUGCCCAAGGGCUUCGCGGUGAGCGAGCGCUGCAAGGUGCGCCUGGUGCCGCUGCAGAUCCAGCUCACUACCCUGGGAAAUCUUAUACCUUCAAGCACUGUGUUUUUCUGCUGUGACAUGCAGGAAAGGUUCAGACCAGCCAUCAAGUAUUUUGGGGAUAUUAUUAGUGUGGGACAAAGACUGUUACAAGGGGCCCGGAUUUUAGGAAUUCCUGUUAUUGUAACAGAACAGUACCCUAAAGGUCUUGGAAGCACUGUUCAAGAAAUUGAUUUAACAGGUGUAAAACUGGUACUUCCAAAGACCAAGUUUUCAAUGGUAUUACCAGAAGUAGAAGCGGCAUUAGCAGAGAUACCUGGAGUCAGGAGUGUUGUGUUAUUUGGAGUGGAAACUCACGUGUGCAUCCAGCAAACAGCUCUGGAAUUGGUUGGCCGAGGUAUUGAGGUUCAUAUUGUUGCUGACGCCACCUCAUCAAGAAGCAUGAUGGACAGGAUGUUUGCUCUUGAGCGUCUUGCUCGAACUGGGAUCAUAGUGACCACGAGUGAGGCUGUUCUGCUACAGCUGGUGGCUGAUAAAGACCAUCCCAAAUUCAAGGAAGUUCAGAAUCUAAUUAAGGCGAGUGCUCCUGAGUCGGGUCUGCUUUCCAAAGUAUAGGACAUUUGAAGGACUGGUAUGCCACUCACCAUCAGGUGACAGGACUGUGACCAGACAAGCUCUUGUCUCUACUAGAAUUAAAAUGUCAAGUCAAAAAUUGGCUCUUUUUUUGCGCCUCUUAGUAAAACUUAACCAGUUAGACCAUUCGGGUACCAGCAUUUAGUUACAAAUGUCAAAGGCUUCAGGUGCUGCUUACCUUUUUUUCUUAAUGUGCUUUUAUUUAUUAAAAAAAUAAAAUCGUAAUGGAGGUGCCUGUUUUGUCUAUACUGUAUACAUUGAUCGUAACUUUCAAAAGUGCACUCUUGUGACAUUUUCUUUUGUGCACUGUAGAGAAAAAGAUGCAUUGAUAAUAGUUUGACUUUUGUAUUGUAAGAUUAUGUUAUAAUGUUAAUGUGGAUUCAGUGUUUUUACUUUACAGGUUGAUUGAAAUAGGAUUAUUAUUUCAAUUUAAAAAGAAUUUCAGAACAGGACUCUAACUCCUAUUACUCUUUUCCCUCACAGUGCAGUCAACUUACAGAGUGAGUUGCACUGAUCUAACCAGAGGAAAUUAUGUUGAAUAAUUAUAUAUCUUUCUUGAUUAUGCUAAUUUUCAUAUUCUGGUUACCAUCACUAAUUCUCUGUUGAUGUUCUCUUUUUUAGCUGAAUCUUUUCCUAGAGAGACUCAUUGGGUCAUUACUUGUUUUAAUUUUGUAAACAGAUGGGAUGAUUUGCAAUGCCACAUAAUUACUAGAGGGCUGUUUUAAAUCCUUGAGGUAUCUACUUUAGCUGACUAUCUUUACAACCAUCUUGAAUACAUCUUCUAAUAUGCACAAGAUUUAGCAAAAGGAUAAAGGCUGGAUAAAAUGCAGUUUUGUUUUGUUUUUUUCCUGCUCUUCUUUUUUUUUUUUUUUUUUUAGUGAGCCAUCCUGCCACCUGU